CUGCUCUUCGGUGUUUAUUUCGUGCGUAGAAAGCUUACUGAAAGGUCACAACAAAGAGAGACUUCCGUGUGAAUGGUUUGACGAGAGUAAAUCUUUUAAUUUAGUUAGACAAUUGAGCAGCUAGAAUGUCAAAAUCGGUGCUAGUUUUAUUUAUAGUGCUUAGUUUAGGCUUCGCCAGUGCCUUUAAGCCGGUUGUGAUCAUCCACGGCAUCCUGACCGGGGCGGAAAGUAUGGUCAUAAUUCACGAAGAAAUACAAAGGUAUCAUCCGGGUACGCUGGUUUACAACACUGACCGAUAUGCUGGCUGGUCGAGCUUGGAGAAUGCGUGGCACCAGGUGUUUGAGUUCCAGAAUGACUUGCAGCAGAUUUGUAAGGACCAUCCGGAUGGGGUUAUUCUGCUCGGAUACUCCCAGGGAGGACUUAUGGCAAGGGCAGUUUUGCAGAUAUAUCCAGAUCACUGUGUAAAGAAGUUCAUAUCACUCAGUUCUCCCCAAGCUGGACAGUAUGGGACCGACUUUCUUCACCUAAUUUUCCCUUCACUGAUGGCCAAAACGGCCUACCAGCUGUUCUAUACGUACGUCGGCCAGCACACUUCGGUGGGAAAUUACUGGAAUGAUCCCCACCAUCAGGAUCUUUUCGAGCAAUUCAGUAUCUUUCUACCCUACAUCAACAACGAUCUUCCAUCGACCAACUCGAGUCAAUUCAGGGACACGCUGCUAAAGCUAGAUCAAAUAAUCCUGAUUGGUGGGCCCGACGAUGGAGUCAUCACGCCCUGGGAGUCGAGCCACUUCGGAUAUUACAACGGGACGGACGACGUGAUUCCGUGCAAGCAACGAAAAAUCUACCUCGAAGAUCGCAUCGGACUGAAGACGCUGGAUGAGGACGGUCGGUUGAAGCUGAUCACGAUGGCCGGGGUGAAGCAUUUUGAUUGGCAUUUGAACGUGGAUGUGAUUCGGAAAGUUAUUCUGCCAUAUCUUGACUAAACGGUGAUGUGCUCUUAUAUUAUUGUGUAUGUUUUGUAUGUAUUUGUUC